AUGACUAAGGAUCCGACAAGAAAUAUCAGAAUUGCGAUUGACAGGGGAGGAACGUUCACCGAUUGCAUCGGAAAUCCUGGAUCUGGUCUUUCAGAAGACGACGUUAUUAUCAAGCUGCUUUCUGUGGAUCCCAAAAAUUACCCAGAUGCGCCAUUAGAAGGAAUACGUCGUUUACUGGAAAUCUUUGAGAAUAAAAGGAUUCCCCGUGGGCUGCCUUUAGAUAUUUCUCGUGUUAGUAGCAUUAGAAUGGGCACAACCUUGGCUACAAAUUGCGCUUUGGAACGGAAUGGUGAACCUUGCGCAUUUGUAACAACUAAAGGUUUUAAGGAUAUCUUGUUGAUUGGAGAUCAAACUAGACCUGAUAUUUUCGACCUUAACAUCAAAAAGCCAGUUCCCCUUUACAAAAUGGUCGUCGAGGUUGACGAAAGAAUUACCCUGGAAGACUAUUCUGAGAAUCCUGAAUCAUGCAAAUCAAUCCCCUGUGAGAAUGAACAGACCUUUUUGGGGCGAAGUGGUGAGGUAGUUCGUGUCUUGCAGAAACCUGAUCCAGAAAAGAUAGCUUCUACUCUUGAAAAAAUCUAUGCUCGAGGAAUAAGAUCAAUUGCAGUUGCAUUUUUGCAUUCCUAUACAUAUCCUGCUCAUGAACUGCUGGUAGGUCGUAUCGCUAAAGAAAUGGGCUUUCUUCACGUUUCAUUGUCAUCUGACGUUUCACCGAUGAUAAAGUUUCUUCCAAGAGCCCACAGUGCUAUUACAGAUGCUUACCUUACUCCAGUAAUCAAAAGAUAUCUGAAAAGUAUAAAAGCAGGCUUAAGAAACUCUGAGCACACAAGUAUUCAGUUCAUGCAAUCUGAUGGUGGUCUUGUUGAUGGUGAUCAUUUUUCUGGACUGAAAUCUAUACUAUCCGGUCCAGCAGGUGGUGUGGUGGGCUAUUCAAAUACUUGUUUCAGCAAGCAGAAUAAUAUACCAUUAAUAGGUUUUGAUAUGGGAGGAACUUCCACUGAUGUAAGCAGGUUUGGCGAUGGUAAAUUAGAACAUGUAUUUGAGACUAAAACAGCUGGAAUCGUAAUCCAGUCACCUCAGCUGAACAUCAGUACUGUUGCUGCAGGGGGUGGCUCUAGAUUAUUUUGGGAAAAUGGUCUAUUUCGGGUAGGUCCGGAAUCGGCGACAGCAGAUCCAGGACCAGCUGCUUAUCGUAAGGGAGGCCCGUUGACCAUUACCGAUGCAAAUCUAUUGUUGGGUCGUCUGGUUCCUGAAUUUUUUCCCAAAAUAUUCGGGCCUAAUGAAGAUGAACCGCUAGAUUUGGAAACAACCAGAAAAAAGUUUCAAGAAUUGACCGAAGUAAUCAAUCGAGAUUUGAAAACAAAUAUGACGUCUGAUGAAAUUGCUUAUGGCUUUUUAAAAGUUGCAAAUGAAUCGAUGGCACGGCCAAUUAGAGCAUUAACCGAGGCCAAGGGGCAUAUUGUGUCCGAACAUCGAUUGGUCACAUUUGGUGGUGCAGGUGGCCAGCAUGCGGUUGCGGUUGCUGAAUCUCUGGGUAUUGAUGUCGUGUUAUCUCAUAGGUAUUCCUCGGUUUUAUCAGCUUAUGGAAUUUUUCUCGCAGAUCUCGUGGAGGAAGCUCAAGAACCCUGUUUUUUUACUCUAAAUGAGGCAGAGAACUUGAAAAAGGUUCAAAAAAAAUUGAACGAGCUAGCUAAUCAUAGUAGGGCCCUUUUCAUUGAAAAAGGUUACGAUACUUCUCAAAUUGUACUUGAGAAAUAUCUGAAUUUGAGGUAUGAGGGCACUGAAACGAAUUUAAUGAUCUUACAAAAAGAUAAUUCAUCAAAUUUUGAGCUUUGGCUCAGUGAAGCACACGAAAAGGAAUUUGGUUUUUCUUUUACUAAUAAAAAUGUUAUCGUAGAUGACCUGAGAGUAAGGGCCAUAGCGAAGUCUAACGUAAGAGAUGAGCUACCUGUAGAUGAACAAUUAAAACUCUAUCGUCGUCAGAAUGUUUCUUCUACUCAGCAAGCAAGUCUCUCCAAGAGUGUUUUCUUCGAUAACGCACGUGUUCAGACGCCAGUCUACAAAAUCGACGAACUGGCAUUAGGAAGUGUGGUACAGGGCCCGGCAAUUUUGGCAGAUGGUACCCAAACAAACAUCAUCCCCCCAAACGCAGAGGCAACAGUUUUGAAAUCUCAUGUUUUCAUAAGAGUAUUGUCAUCAUCUAAAAACAAUAACAUCACGAAAUCUCCUUCCUACAUUGAUCCUGUCAUGCUGUCUAUUUUUGGGCACAGAUUUAUGGAUAUUGCAGAACAAAUGGGUAAUCAACUAAGCAAGACUUCGGUUUCAACUAAUGUGAAAGAAAGAUUAGAUUUUUCAUGUGCAUUAUUCGAUCCCGAAGGAAAUUUGGUUGCAAAUGCACCUCACGUGCCGGUGCAUUUGGGUUCAAUGUCAACUUGUGUUUCUGCCCAAGCUAAAUUGUGGAAAGAUAAAUUGAAAGCAGGUAAUGUGAUAGUCACUAAUCAUCCAGACAUUGGCGGUACACAUUUGCCAGAUAUAACCGUUAUUUCGCCGGCUUUUUCGCAUGAAACAGGUGAAUUGAUUUUCUACGUUGCUUCGAGAGCCCACCACGCUGAUAUUGGGGGAAUUCUUCCGGGAUCUGUACCUCCCAACUCGACCCGACUUUAUGAAGAAGGGGCAGCAAUAUACUCAGAAUUACUAGUCAAAGAUGGUGAGUUUCAAGAAGACCUCCUCCGCCGUUUACUUCUCGAAGAACCUGCAAAGUACCCAAACUGCUCUGGUUCGAGAAGAAUAAGUGACAAUAUCAGUGAUUUGAAAGCUCAAAUAGCUUCGAACAACAAAGGAAUCCAGCUGAUUAACAAAAUGAUUAAAGAAAAUGGAUUACACGUUGUCGUGAAAUACAUGAAAGCCAUUCAAGACAAUGCGGCCACCACAAUAAAAAAAAUGCUAAAUCAAUUGAUAUCACAUUUUAAGGCAACAGAAUUUAUAGGCGAAGAUCUAAUGGAUGAUGGUACCAUUAUAAAGCUGAAGGUAUCGUUGAAUAUUGAAAAAGAGCAGUAUGUCUUUGAUUUUGAAGGAACUUCGCCCCAAGUCUAUGGUAAUCUAAAUGCUCCAGAAGCAAUAACUAAUUCAGCCAUUCUUUAUUCUUUGAGAUGUUUAGUCGGUGAAGACAUUCCCUUGAAUCAAGGAUGUUUAAAUCCUAUCACAGUAAAUAUUCCGAAAGGUUCGAUUCUAAGCCCCGUCAAUGGUGUUGCUGUUGUUGGUGGUAACGUGUUAACUUCCCAGAGGGUAACCGACGUCAUAUUGAAAACUUUUAAAGUUAUGGCAGAUUCGCAAGGUGAUUGCAACAACUUCACCUUUGGCACCGGCGGUAAAGAUCCAAUGACAGGGCAGGUUUCAGGGGGCUUCGGGUAUUACGAAACCAUUUGUGGUGGCCAUGGUGCAGGUGAAGAUUCAUGGAGAGGAUCUGGUUGGCAUGGGGCCAGUGCAGUUCAUACAAAUAUGACGAAUACAAGGAUGACCGACUGCGAAAUUUUUGAGAGGAGGUACCCUGUCAUUUUAAAAGAGUUCUCGAUAAGAAAAAAUUCUGGUGGUCGUGGAAGAUAUAAUGGUGGCGACGGUGUGAUCAGAGAUAUUGAAUUCCGUGAAGACGUUCAGGCAUCAAUUCUAUCAGAAAGAAGAGUCAUUGCACCACAUGGUAUUAAUGGCGGUCAGGACGGUGCUCGAGGAUUGAACCUAUGGAUUUCAAAAGAGGGAGAAAAAGUUACCAAUAUUGGGGGAAAAAAUACAUUUCGUGUAAGACCAGGCGAUCGAAUAAUUUUGAUGACUCCUGGUGGUGGUGGUUGCGGCAAGCCACAAUGCCCGUGA